AUGACGUUUUGUGCACGGGCGGGAGUGUCCGCCCGCACCGGUCAAGGUCCAACCUGUCUAGGCACAUUUGUGUGCGACAACCUACCAUCCAAGCUAGCAUAA